AAAGCUCUCUUCUACAGGCAAACGCUGCCGAAGACCCCCAGACUCAACUUAGAAAGGGCCUGCUACAUGGGCCAGUUCGCUUUCUGAGGGACCGCCAAAGAUCAAACGCUGGGAAAUUCAUACUUUCCCCAAUAAAGGCUUCAAAACAGCGACUUGAGACCGCCAUGAAGGCUCUGGAAGCUCAGAAUGUGUACAAUCCUGAUCCCUUGAUAUACAAAACUGCCCUUUCAAUGGUUCGGAGUGCGAGUCUCAACUGUUACAUCUUCCCGGCGUCAGAAGGAGACACGUUAGAAACGAAGAUGUCGCUCCUACAGGGUCAGCUCGGCAUUGGUGAUGCAUGCACAUACAGGCUGAUUGAGAAGAAUGUUGUGUCCCUCCUGCCACCAACAAAGGAUGAGCUUCGAAAAGAUGCUGCCAACGCCCUCACAGACUUGAUCAGGUCAUACAGGCAUCUGGAUGAUGUUCUGGACAGAGCAUAUGGCGGAGAUGUUUUUGCAGCUGAGGAUGCCCUCACCUCCUUGCAAUAUACGAUGGCUUCGACGGCUUCAUUCCAGAAGGUCAUCGAGCGCUGUCUUGAAUUGGACUCAAAAGGGACAGUUAUCGGCUAGUUCGGUUGUCCAUCCGUGUUGUCAUUGCGUGCUGCCAACCAACACACGAUAGCCAUGUAAUCUUACAACAGUUAUC